CAAUUGUUGGCUCUCCCCCUGCGCCGUGUGGACGUAGCCAGCACACAGUCCUCCGCUCUGUGAGCUGCAGAUGCUUGUCCGCCUCUAGUUUGUUUACCUCCGCUCGUCUCCACUAUUCGCGAACGCAACAAUGGAAGGGAAUGUGUGCAGCAUCCAGGUGCUCCUCUGGGCAGCCGAGUUCGUGGAGAGGAAAGGCCGAGAGGCCGAGCACGGAUACGCGUCACCCCCGCCUCUCAGUCCAGGGGACUCCGACAAAAGGAGCAAACAGAAGAGCAAGAAGAGCUCCGCGGCUGGUGGUGGCAAAAGGACAGUUCACAACGAGCUGGAGAAAAACAGACGGGCUCAGCUCAGGCACUGCUUGGAGCAGCUGAAGAAGCAGGUUCCUCUCUCUUCAGACUCCGUGAAGAACACCACCCUGAACCUGCUGAGGCAAGCUCAGCUCCACAUAAAGAAGCUGCAGGAGCAGGACGAGCGCGCGGAGCAGCUGAAGGACCGCCUUCGCUGGGAGCAGAGGGAGCUGCGGGUUCGGCUGGAGCAGCUGCAGAGGGGGACGGAGAGGAUGCGGAACAACAGCCAGGGGUCCACCAUGUCCUCGGAGCGGUCGGACUCAGACAGAGAGGACGUGGAGGUGGACGUGGAGAGCAUCGUGUUCGACUGCGUGGACUCGGACGGGCUGAGCAUGGCGCACAUGGACGCGGACCACAGCUACUCCAGCCUGGACCGGUCCUGGCUAUGACGGCCGUGAGCGCCGCCGGUUUGCCAGAGGGAGCGGGCGGGGAGGGGGGGGGGGGAGGAGAGGAAAAAAAAAACAUUCCAAAAACAAGACAACAGAGAAUGAGGGGGAAGAGGUUACUCCACACAAUCGAACACUUUAGUUUUUACAGCUUUUUUUUUUUUUCUUGUCUCGUUUCAAAGCAAUUACAAGUUAAUAAUGUAUCCAAUUGCACUAAACUGGGAUGGAUGUUACGGCGUGCAUAAGCAUUCCUCCGAUCAAGCAAUGAUGUUUUUAUUUUAUUUUGUUUGUUUUUUUAACGAAAGCCAUGAGGUGUUAACCUUCCUGUGAAUCAAGCAUCCGGUUCUAAUCUAAUCAAAUUAAGGGCUUUAAUACGAAUCUGCUUCAUGUCUACGCUGAAUUCUGCCUUAAACCCAGAUUUAGAUCAUGGUUCUCCACGGCUUCUCCUUAGCACGAAGUUUGUAUCGCAGCAAUGUCGCAUUUAGGGAGCACUUCUGUUUUUUAUUUUAUAUUGAUUUUGUCUUAUGUACAUUCACUUCAUGUAUUUAUAGCUCUUUGUUUUCUUCUGUUGGACGUGGCGUCCAGCCGUUGCACUUGUUUUUGUCAGAAAGAGUCGGGGUACGGCCAAAGAGAGGAGAAAAAAAACAACAACCAGGAAAUGGGGAGGAGAGAAGAA